AUGAGUGACAUAGUAUUAUUGAAGGUGUAUUAUUUUGGUCAGAUUUUGUUACAAACAUCUGAAGGAGUCAGAUUUGUUUGUGAAAAUCCGUUAGAUGUUGUGAUUCCUUUCACAAUCUCAUUUGAAGAGCUCAAAGGUGUGAUCUGUGAACAGAUUAAUUCUAAGAGGGCAAGAAGAAUAUCUUGUAUUCUGUAUAGAUAUCCUAUACAAGUGUUUGGUGGAUUCGUCCAGUUUCAAAUGAAAUAUGUAACGGACGAAGCGAGCAUGCAAGAUAUGUUUUCCAUGUAUAUUGAAAAUCAGAGUCAACUCUUGUUCAUCGAGUUGUAUGUUGAGUUUGAGCAAUCUGAGGCUGACCAGAAUAUUUUACGGGAAGAUUACAAUAGUGACAGUGAAGAAGAGUUCGAAAGCAACUACGAAUUUGUUGGUCCAGAUGGAGAUGGGGUUGCAGGUGAGGGAGCUAUAGCUCCGGAUGUGUCUGACGUGGCAACUGCACUGGCAAACGAUGUGCCGUUUGAGGAGCCAUCAUUCAUGCGAAUUUUGGAUUUGGAAGCCAUGCAUGUUCCGGAGUUUCCGGAUUAUAUCAGUGCAGAAAUUCCUUUUAUCGCAGAUGGUGAAUUUGCCGUUGAGAUGGAAUUCAGUUUCAAGGAAGCUGUUAUUAAAGCGAUAAACGAGUAUACUAUUCGAAGAAGCGUAGACUACCGGGUGUAUGAAUCUGAGCCGUUGACAUUUUAUGCGAAAUGUACACAGUAUGGGUCAGGGUGUGAUUGGCUUAUCCGGGUUAGCAUGAUCAGCCGGAAGUACUGUUGGGUUAUAAGGAGGUAUAAUGGCAGUCACACAUGUACCAGAGCAACAAUUUCUCAGGAUCAUUCGAAGCUGGAUUCGACCACAAUUGCAGAAGCAAUUAAGCCGUUGGUUGAGGCUGACCCCGCCUUAAAGAUAAAAUCAGUUAUAGCAGAGGUGCAAUCGAAGUUCAACUACACUGUUAGUUAUCGGAAAGCAUGGUUGGCAAAGCAAAAGGCAGUGGAAAAAAUAUUUGGAGGCUGGGAAGCAUCGUACGAAGCGUUGCCUAUUUGGUUUGAGGCCAUGUGUCACAAGGAGCCGUCAGCUGUUGUUCAUUUUGAGACUAUGCCUGCAUAUCAAGGCGAUGACUUGGCGACUGAUAUUCGAGUGUUGCAUCGUGUCUUUUGGAGUUAUUACCCCUGCAUUAGAGCAUUCAGACAUUGUAAGCCAGUUGUCCAGGUGGAUGGGACUCAUUUGUACGGAAAGUACAAGGGUUGUCUACUAGUGGCAGUGUCACAGGAUGGCAACAACAAUAUCGUCCCAAUUGCGUUUGCGAUUGUGGAGGGAGAGACUUCAGAUGCGUGGCACUUUUUUCUAAGUAACCUUCGUCAGCAUGUUGUCACUCGGGAUGGUGUGGGACUGAUAUCCGACCGUCACGAAUCCAUAAAUGCAGCUGUGGAAAGGAGUAACGGGGCUUGGUCACCUCCUAGAGCUUUUCAUAUGUUUUGCAUCAGGCAUAUAGAGUCGAACUUUCUGAGAAAAUUCAAGGCGCCGUACUUGCAGAAACUGGUCAUCAACAUAGGAUAUUCGAGGACGGUGCGGGAGUACGAGUAUGCGUUGGCUUUUGACGGUGGAUAUCGAUGGGGUCAGAUGACGACAAAUCUAGUGGAAUUCAUCAAUUCAGUAUUGAAGGGUGCACGCAAUCUCCCCGUGACUGCUCUUGUGAAGGCCAUAUUCUACAGGCUUAACGAGUUGUUUACACGAAAAAGAGCGGAGGCGGAAGUCCGGAUUAAUGAUGGCUAUGUGCUUUCUGAUGUCGUGACCUCAAAGUUGCAUGCAAACCAACUUGCAUCAGGAAACAUUCAGAUUAGUUGCUUUGACCGGCAGAAUGAGGUCUUUGAGGUGCGUGAGAUGCCAAGUGGACUAGAGUUUGCAGUGGACCUACGUGGCCUUCGAUGUGACUGUGGUGAGCUUCAGGUUGACCGGAUCCCCUGUCGACAUGUGUUUGCAUGUUGUGCCAACCAGAGACUGGAUUGGCAAGUGUAUGUUCAUGAUUUGUAUAAGAUGGACCAAGUUCGUCGGGUGUACCGAGCAAGGUUUAGGCCACUUGGUAACCCCACCACAUGGCCUGCUUACAAUGGACCUCGGUUUAUCCCGAAUCCGUUCCUGAGACGCGUCACAAAAGGUCGCCCCAAAAUGACGCGUUUCUUGAAUGAGAUGGACACGCGAAUGUUACGUCGGCCAGGCGAUGUACGCUAUGCGGAGCUGAGGGACACAGCCGCAGCAGAUGCCGUCAGCCAGGUGGGGCAAAUGCUGACAGAGAUCGCCAGUAGAUUCUUAUUCUGA